AAAUAUGCUAUUCCGGAGAAGCGUAUAUGCGGUUGCUGUUUUUCCAUGUAUCUCACCCCGGUAGCGCAAACGUGAGCUAGAAGUGUACCUCAGAGGGAGUGUAUUUUGUGACAGGAUAUACAUUUCAAAGAAAAGUAUUUUUUAGAGUUUUAAAAUCAACAAUGGAAGGUGUAUUAAUAUUCGAUCAAAAUAAUGAUUUAAUGUAUCAGAAUUUCAACGAUGCAAUGCGUGCCAAAAUGUACAAACAUGCGAUCGACCUCGGUUUGAUGGAGGACGAAGGAAGGGAUGUUCGCAAGGAUCUCGACAGUAAUGUGCUGAUACAAAUCUUUAGUCCACUAGUCGCAUCUCAGCGUAUUAUGAUGUGCCAAUUUGAUAACGCGUACACGUCAGUGCAGAUGGAGAACAAUUUGAAUUUGGUCUUCGAUGAGUUUCUGGGAUACCUGUUUCUACAAAUCAGUGCUCAGGAAGUUGAUCUGGUUCGACGAGAGCUUGGAGUUUGUAUUUGUCUCCUCAAACAUAUAUGUGGUCCAAACAUUUAUACAAUCAAAAACGACACGAAAAAGUCCACCCUUUUGACCAGCCUAAUAAGCACAUAUCGCAAACUGUACCGGAUAAACCAAGGCAUUUUGGUAGAAGCUGUUGAACAACUGCUUGUCAAUGUUGAUGUUAAGAACACCGUAGUCUCCGCCUUGCAAGCCGCAACGGAAAAACUGAAACAAGACCCACACUCCCAGCGAAGUCAUUCGGUUAUGUUUGUCGGAAACAAGUUCCUUUCGCUGUACAGCAGUCGGCAGGCGCAGGAGUUGUCCCCGGCAGAUAUGCUAUUCUUGAACAUCUUUUGUCAAACCUUGGACCGUGGUGAAAAUUGCAAGCGAAUCGAGUCCCAUGUGCUGUUCCUGCAAGGAUGCAACAACCAAGCGACAUCCGGUUGUAUUCCACACAUUGUUCACGUUUCCAAACUAUUCGAUGAUGUAUUUUUGGUUCUCUUGAUUGAACAUGGGAAUAUUAAUCUUUCGGGCAAUUUGUACGAUGUGUUUUUUGCCCUCCAGAAGCUGCGAAACCUUCAAAUGCAAAUGGAUGUGGAGAACUUGCGGUCAGCUUUCGACAGAUUGGAAUCCUAUGUGAAACAUACGUACGAUUCGUUGAAGAAAAUCAAACACAACAGUCCUGAUACCGAUGAGGCGGUUAAAAAUUUCUCCGCGAAGUGGGAUAAUCUUCGGAAACGGUAUAAUGAUUUUUUCAAGACGUCCGACAACGCUUUGAUUGUGAAGAUUGAAUCAAAUAUGCCCAUGUUUGUGGAGGCAGUAAAGGAGGUUUUUAAGCUACUCUGUGCGGAAUGCAGUACAUUAGAGCACGGACUGCAGCGUGUGUCGGAUAUAGCCGAUAUGGUCGAGGAUAAGCUGACGGAAGUAUUCAACUUUUUGCAGGUCAAAUCACAGAAAAACUUCAGCAUGGGAUCGUAUUUAGAAGACUUUCCAGGAUUGGUUCAUUUCAUACAUAUAGACCGGAAUAAUGGAAGAAUCGUUGCUCCAGGGCUGGACCAAGAAGAUUCGUCGAAUGUUUUAAAGGAAAGAAUUUGGUCCAUGGUAGAACUCUCGCGACACUAUCUCCACAAGGGUCACACGUCCAUGAUCUGGAAGGACGUCACCUUCAGCUACGGGUAUUUCAUCUGGUUCGAAGAUGCAAACGGCACUGCAUUAAAACCUAAGGAAUUUCCAGACUUUUCCACGGUUUCAACCAAGCCGCAACUGAUUGCAGGAAUUCUAGCAGGCGACUACUAUCAACGACUGAUAGAAACCUGCUUCCCAAGGACGGCACCGAGUAAAAUACGUUGCUAUGAGCUAUUCUGUGUGCAUCUUGGGUUGGUAACCUCGACCAAUGUACUGGAGCACUGCAGACGACUUGCCGUCACUAUCACCGAUCUGACGGGAUGCGUUGGAAACCCGAUUGACCUACUGUAAGUAGGUAGAAUGUGUUAACCGAGGAUAGCUGCAAUUUGUUUUGUUUUGUUAUAUGUAUAAGUUGUACCUCAUUACGUGGGUAGUCACAGGAAAGACGAUCUGGAAUGCGUCACACGCAGUUGAAUUAGUCAAAUAUAUGUGCUUUGUUUAGCCAAUUCGAA